CGCCACCCGCGACGGACGGCGCGAUCUCCCGCUGUCGCCGACGUUGCGGCCGUGGCCGGCGUGGAACGCAUCCGACUAUAUCUGAACCGAUAUUCGCCUAGUGCUGGUAGUCGCAACGCUGACCGCGCUUGGCUUUGUUUUUUUCUACUCAAUCUGUCUCCAGUUUUGGUGAAUCCUUGAAUGGACAAACCGUCAACUACCAAGCGCAGAUUUACUGUGCCAUAAUUCAGAUUCCAUCUGCCGAGCAGUAGCAUAAACUGUAACAUCAGCGGACCGCUCUCCGAAAGCCGCCACAACAUAAAUUGCUUCAUCCAUACAUCGCCACACACUCUUCAGUUUAUGCCAUUUCCGAACAUAUACACAUUAAUACGAAGUACAAAUUCAGUGAACGAUGGCUAGUUACUUUGAACAUUGCCAGUCGUGUGCUACAACACUAUAGGGAUAUACUGUUUUUAGGGGGUUUUUGUUCAAAACAUCUGCUUCUAAUCUGAAUGUAUCUUGGCGUCGGACUGCUGAGGAAAAACAGAAUACAGUAACGUGAUGUAACUAAAGCCUUGACAGUUAUGAUCUCUUCUACUUUUGCUUCUUCAAAGAAUUCCAAACAUGACACAGGCACAGAAAGAGAAUAAGCUCUAAUUAGAUGAUCGAUUUCGAAAUGUGGAAUUAAAACGGUGGUAACAUCUGGACUUUCUCAACCAUCAACCAGUAGUUGUGUGGUGGCGCCAUCGGCGGUGGCUGCUGGUCUGCUGUGGGAUGCUGGUAGCGAGUAUGCGGCCGGCGGCGCAGCUGCAGCAGCAGCUGACCACGGCUCUGAUGGUCACACUACUCGGAGCAGCAAUGGCGCAACAAGGUGACUGCGAUGCGCCGCUUGGCCUCGAGUCUGGGGCCAUUCCGGACUCAGCCCUCUCUGCGAGCUCCAGCUACGUGGGAAGUGUUGGUCCCCGAUACGGCAGACUACGCAGCGAGCGCGGCGGCGGCGCGUGGUGCCCCAAGUCGCAGGUGUCGCGCGGGGUGCGCGAGUGGCUGUCGGUGGCGCUGGCCGGCGUGCACGUGGUGACGGCGGUGCACACGCAGGGCCGCUACGACCACGCGCGCGGCCAGGAGUACGCCGAGGAGUACUCCGUCGAGUACUGGCGGCCCGGCCUGCGCGACUGGAGGACCUACCGCCGCUGGGACGGCAAGCAGAUCCUGAGCGGGAACAGCGACACGGCCACGGUGGUGACGCAGCGCCUGCUGCCCGCCAUCUUCGCCAGCCAGCUGCGGGUGCUGCCCUACAGCGUCCACCGCAGGACCGUCUGCCUGCGCCUCGAGCUCUCCGGCUGUCCCGCCACAGGAGGCGUCGUGUCCUACUCGAUCCCAGAGGACACGGUGGCGGUGUCGCAGGAGCUGUCGGACGCCACGUACGACGGGGAGCACCGCGGCGGCAUGCUGGUCGGCGGGCUCGGCCGCCUCGUGGACGGACAGCUGGGCGCCGACAACUUCCGCAUCGACGUCGGAUACGGCAGAGGUAACGCCUGGGUUGGCUGGACUAACGAAUCUUUCCCCAGCGGCUACGUUGACCUCGUAUUCGAGUUCGACCAAGUGCGUAACUUCAGCGCUGUGCAGAUCUUUGCCAACAACUUCUUCCUCAGAGAUGUUCAGGUGUUCCGGCGGGCUCUGGUGUCCUUCAGCGUGGGCGGGCAGGUGUUUCCGGGCCGGCCCAUCAGCUUCACGUACAUGCCGGACAUGGUGCUGGAGAACGCGCGCUACGUCACCAUCCGGCUGCAUGGCCGUCUGGGCCGCUUCGUCAGACUGCGGCUCCUCUUCGCCGCCCGCUGGAUCAUGAUCAGCGAGGUCACCUUCGAUUCAGUUCCUGUGUCGGGCAACUUCACCUCUGAAACUGAUUCUGAUGCGGAGAUCGUUGGACCGGAGGAGCUUUACUAUGAGGAAGAAGAAAUUGUCUCUGAGCAUCUCGAAACGGUUCCCGCGACGGUGAACGUGAACGAGAUACCCGUUGACGCCAAUAUGAAAGACGCCCGUGAGGAGCCCAGUGAGGAGGGAGGCAGCGUGGAGGUGGUGAUCGGCGUGCUGACGGCGGUGAUGCUGCUGCUGCUCGUCGUCUUCGUGGUGAUCCUGGCGCUCAGCAGGAGGCACAAGAUGCAGGCCGGCUCCUCACCCACGCUGCUCAGGAACCCCUUCAGCGGAGUCACCCUCAACAUGAAGGACCUUCUGCUUAGCGUGGUGCCUGGCCCUGCGGGAGGUGCCAUCGUUCCCAGGGAGUGUGCACCGUGCUCGCCGUCCACCACGAUCGGCGGGGACGUCGGCCUCUCAGGCGUCGCCUGUGCCCGCUACGAUACUCUCCCGUCGCACACAGACGCAGUGGAGGUGCAGUCGCUGGUGGUGCGCCUGGACGACGAGUCGGGCGGCGGCGCGGCGCGGCACUUCCACACGCUGCGCCAGACGCCGCCCGCCGUGAGCUGGAACAUCGUGCCCGUGGCGGACCGUCCUUACCGCUGCAAGGAGGCUCCCUCGCUGCCGCAGGUGCCCAGGGAGUGCCUCAGGGUCAUCGAAAGGGUUGGCUCCUGCCACCUGGGAGAGGUGCUGCUGUGCGAGACGGAGGAGCCCGCGCUGCAGGCGGCGGGCGGCGCGUGCCGCACGGUGUUUGCGCGGACGCUGCCGCGCGACUGGGAGGGCGUCGUCGUCGGCGGCGGCGGCGGCGGCGGCGGGAGCGCGCGCGAGCUGCGCAUGCUGGCGGCGCUCAGCGACGAGCACGUGGCGCGGCUGCUCGCCGUGUCGCCGGCGCCCGCGCCCGGCCAGCCCGCCUGGGCGCUCACGCAGUACCCGGAGCUGGGCGACCUGGCUCUCUACCUGCAGUACCACGCCGCCACCAGGCCGCCCCUCAGCAUUGAGUGCCUUACCUCCAUGGCAACGCAGAUAGCGUCUGGAAUGAAGUACCUGGAAUCAAGAAACCUCGUUCACAAAGAUCUGGCUGCAAGAAAUUGCUUGCUCGGCCGCGGGUACGUAGUGAAAGUCGCAGACCUGGCUAUGGGCUGCGACCUCUACAAGAAGGACUACUACCAAGUUGGUGGACCUGCUCCAGUUCCAAUCCGGUGGUUGCCUUGGGAGAGCAUACUACUGGACCGGUACACGCCAGCGAGCAGCGUGUGGGCUUUCGGCGUGACGCUCUGGGAGAUCCUGAGUCUGGCGGGUGAGCGACCUUUCCAGCACCUGUCCAACGAGGAGGUCAUCCAGAACGCUGAGCACAUGUACUACGGCAGCGAGUUGCAGGUAUUCCUUCCCAAACCAACAAUUUGUCCACCAGAACUGUAUGACCUGAUGUGCGACUGCUGGAAGAGAGACGAAACAGUACGACCUAGGUUCAAAGAGAUCUACCUUUUUCUGAAAUACAGAAACUCUGUCCAUCCAGUUGAGUACAGGGAGUGACCUCACACCCAAAGUUGCGUGAAAUUAGAGUAAUGGGGCCACCAUGAUUUCAGAAUGUUAUUCAUUAAAGACUUCUAAUAACGUAUGAACUACAGCUGACGUACUUUGAAUAUAUCGGGAAAAAAGUGUUACUGGGAAGUCGUGAUGGUCUGUGAAAUCCUCGUGACGCUCUAGGAAAAUGAAAAUUUUUAUCACUAAAGCUAAUAUGAGAUACAUUAAUACAUUUUUUAUCACAAUUUGUACUAUAACUUCUUUUGGAAAAAUGUUAUCAAAAAUAUCAGUUACAUGGAUAAUAUGUGUACAGCAAUGGAGGUAGAGACAACAGUAAAUUUUUCACAGAC